AUGGAAGACACUAAUUAUGAUGAGAGCUAUUCUGAUUCUGAUGAACCUGCAACUGAAAUAGAAAACCUUCCUAUUCUUAAUUUUGACAUUGAUGCAUAUCAAGAUACAUUAAAAUUGGGUUUGCCAAAAAACUUGAUUUAUAGCCCUUUUGAUGACCAAGUUAUACCAACUUUAUUAAUGACUCAAAUAGCAUUUAUAUUAGAAAAAAUAUAUUUAAGUAAUAAAGCAAAAGCAACGUUUUUAGAAGAAAAAGAAUGUGCACAAUUUGGAAAUCUUCUUGGAGAAUCCUUGUGGCAAUCUUAUAUGGUGCUUAAAAACAAUUUACCAACCUUAGAAAAUCCACAAUCUCUUGAACAAUAUGCUGCAGCAUUUCCCCAGACUUUGUGUCAUUCACUUUUUGAAUAUACAACACAAAAUACUUCAAAAGGAUACUCCAAUAUAGAAACUUGUUAUCAACACGGAAUAGAAUGUAUGCAAGAUCUACUUGCACAAGAAGUCUAUUUAACUAAAAAGAAAAAUACAAAGGGAAGAGCAAGUAAAAAUUUAGUUAAAGAUACUGUAGCAAAUUUUAAACAGCAACAAAAAAUUCAAAAGAGAAAAUGA